AUGACGACGAAGGAAGAGAUACUGGACGCGAUUAAGGAACUAUCCGUAUUGGAACUUUCGGACCUGGUGAAGGCGCUUGAGGAUGAGUUCGGCGUAAGUGCCGCAGCCCCGGUGCAGAUGGCAACCGUGCAGGGCGUAGCCGGCACCGCGGAGGCUGCAGCCGAAGAGGAGCAGACCGAGUUCGACGUGUCCAUACAGGAGAUUGGGCCUCAGAAGAUUCAGGUCAUCAAGGCUGUCCGCGAGCUAACCACUCUCGGGCUGAAAGAGGCGAAGGAACUCGUUGAGAGUGCGCCUGUCGCGAUCAAAGAAGCCAUCAACAAGGACGAGGCAGAAAACAUUAAGGCGAAGCUUGAAGGCGCGGGGGCCGUUGUCACGGUCAACUAG